CAGCGGGAGGCAUUUUGAAGCGGCGGCGCGGCAAGAUGGAGACACUCACCUUCCCCCGCUACAGCCCCGACGACAUCGUCACGUACCUGCGCGGGCACCUGCUGGCCGGCGCCGAGGCCCGCGGCCUCACCAAGGCCGACCUCUUCGCCACCCCCAAGCCCGAGGUCCUGCACAUGAUUUUUAUGAGGAUCCUGCAGAAGGUCUAUGGGAUCCGCUUGGAGCACUUCUACAUGAUGCCUGUCAAUGUUGAAAUUAUGUAUCCGCAGAUAUUUGAAGGCUUUCUACCUGUUUGUAAUAUGUAUAUUCACAUGGAGCGCUUCCUUCCAGUGUGCCGGGUUAAUGACUUUCAAAUUGCUGAUGUUAUAAAUCCAAAGGCAAAGAGGACAGCUCGCUUCUUGAGUGGCAUUCUCAACUUUGUGCACUUCAGAGAGUCCCGACGUGAGGCCUACUUGGAGCUGCAGAUGAACUAUAAAUCAGCUAUGGAGAAACACCAGCAACUGGAGACUGCAAAUCAGGAGGCAGCAGCGAAGCUGGAGAAACUGAAUACUGUUCCAGUUGAACAGCAAGCCGAGUUCAAGCAACUGUCAGAUGACAUUCAAGAACUGGAGCAAUUGCUAAGCCAUGACUAUCGUCGGAAAACAGCAGCUUUGCAAGAAGUGAUUUCACAGAAGAAGUCAGAUAUUACAGAGAGGACCCGAAAACUGAAUGAGCUUAAAGUGACAAUGGCUACUUUGAAAGAAGAACAAGAGCAACUAAAAUCAAAAAUUGUGGAGAGUCCAGAGGAACUGAGGAACUAUAAGGAACUGAUGAAAGAGACUGUCAAGAAACUCAAGAAGUCCAAGCAAGAGGUUAUUGAGAAAUAUGAAGGUUACCGAGACCUAGUUGAAGUUCUGCCAUCAUGCCAGUUGGAGGUGCAGUUAUAUCAAAAGAAGAUGGAAAGACAGGGAGCAAACGUGGAGAGACUGGCCAGUGUAUUAUCAGAGGUCAGAGAUCUGGAGGACCAGCUUGAGUGCGCUCAGAUAGAGCUGAAGAAGGGGAAGACGGAUGAAAUGUCCUUAAAGAGGCUGGUCACUGCAAAACACGAGAAGCUAUCUACAGCUGAAAUAAAGAUAAAAAAGAAGCGUGAAGAUGUUGAGCAAUAUAAGCACACUGUGUUUGAGUAUUGUAACAGAGUUCAGGAAAAGAGAGGUGCUGUGUAUGAUAAAGUGACAGCAAUUCACAAUGAAAUUCAGCAGACAAGGUUCAAAAUUCAGCAGCUGAAUGAGAAUGCCGAAAAAGAAGAAAUGAAAGCCAAAGAGAUAUACUUAAAUCUGAAGGCUGGAUUGGAGAAGCGUCAUGACUCUCUCAUAAAGACAGCAAAGAAUUAUGCAGCCUCAAGAGAAGAUAAAAUUGCUGAGCUGAAGAAGGGGCUGCUUAGCAUUCAGAGUCCUGGAAGUAGUUCUUGAACCUGCCUCUACUUGUAUUCCACUUGCAUUAUAUUUGUCUUCGUAUCUGAACUCAGCAGCUUGUGCUUUGUGUGCAAUGGGUAAUUAUUCCAGGCAGAACCCAACUUUCUCUAAAACCAUGUCAGGACGUAUUUAGCUUUCUCGACAGACCCUGAUGUUGUGAGCUUGUUAAUGUGGGUAAGAAAAUACUCAGUUCCACCUGUUUGUGUUGUUUUGGUGGGUACCCAAUUUGAGUAGUAAUAAUUCAAGUCUUGACAUUUUUUUUGUCAUUUAUACAGAAUUCUGCUUUCUGUAGAAACUGUUAUACAAAUUUUAAUCUUGGAUGACCUGGCUUUUUGGGCUGGCCUGAAUGGACGUACUGUUCAAGUUAAGGCAGUAACAGCUGGUAUUUCACUGACACUACUGAAUUAAAAUUGAAUCCUGAUGGAGCAGUAGCAUCCAUGUAAAUGUCAAAUUAUUCUAGUCAUGAUGUUGGUGACUGUAAAUGUUUAAAGGACCUCUGGAUGCUGAAACUUGUUUCUACUCUGUGUAGUAUUGGACCCUCAUCUGUCUUAAAGCCCUUGUUUGGGUGCUUAGCCCUUUUAAAAUAAAAAAAAACAAUAAGUUAUAUAGAUGAAUAUUUGUAAUGUAACUUGUGAUGGCGCUCAGCUUGCCAUAGUGUUUUGAGAAUGUUUUUGGUUACUUCAAGAAAUAAAAUGUUUUUUUUU